UCGACUCAGAUUUCACUCAAUUUUUGUAUAAAUCCACAAACAAGAGAGACAUUUGUCAGAUGCGACGGGUAAAAAGAUGACGGGUGGCACGUUGUGGGUGUGCGCAUUUGCUCUGCUUCUUUUUACAGUUGCAGCCGCUCCUCUUUCUGAAAACGAGCACGCAGAAGCCUUUCACAAGGAAGACUCUGAUCCCCUUUUAAAAGAUUUACAAGAAAUCGAAGUAUCACAGAAUCGAGACACACCAAACGAAGAUACUGCAGCUGACAGCAACGGUGAAGACGAUGCCGAUUCUAACUAUGAUCUAGAUUCAAAGAGCAACUUAAAAGACCACGUCAGUGAUGACGACGAUAGCGAAAAUGAAGCUGAUGCUGAAAUAGAUGUCGACGACGACGAUGAAAAUGAAAGCGAUGAAGAAGACCCAAUCAGUGACAGCAGGGAAGAAGACGAAGAAGAAAUGAAUGGUGAAGAAGAUGAUACAGAUGUCAGUGAUGACAUAGAACAGAUUGAGAAAGAGUUAGAAGAUGAGGAAAAGGAAGAUAAAAAUACAGAGAAAUCACAAGAAGGUGGUGCAGAUGAAACUCAGUCAUCUAAUUCAGUCACAUCCGAUUUGUCAAGUCUUGAGGAUGACGUCCCUAGUGAGCAAGACAAUACAGAUAGCGCGGGUGAAGAAGAUGAGGACAGCGAUGAAGAAAAGGUUGACAACAGUAAAAGUGCAAAAUUGGUACAGAAUGGUACAGAGGAAAAAGAUGAAACAAAACCUACUGAAGAAGAUGAAGUGGAAAUGUUGGACGAAAAUGAAGAUGAAGGUGAAGAUGAAAACGAUGCCGAUGACAACGAUGCCGAUGACAGUGUUGACGACAAUGAUGAAAACAACGAUGAAAGCGUUAGUGAAGAUAUACCGGUGGAGGAAAAUGAAAUUGAAGAGCCUGUAAGUACGCCAGAGAAGAAAGCUGAUGCUAGCGAACAAGAAAACGAAUCUGAUGAAAGUGCGACAAAUGAAGCGGAAGACGAAUUAGCUGACGAAACAGAUACAACAGCAGAACCUGCUGAUGAAGAGAGUGAUGAUGAAGAUAAUACCAAUAAAGAGGAUGAAAACGGGGAUGCUGAUUAUGACGAUGAUGAGGAAGAUGACGAGGAGGGUGACGAGGAAAAUGAAAUGAGAAAUCCUGCAGAAGAAAAUGAAACUACAGAUCAGAAAGAUUCUGAAAAGAAAAAUGAGAUUGCAGCGUCAGUUAAAAAUGAAGCGACCGUGGACACAGCAGUAGUUCCAUUGAACAUGCCAACAACAAGUGACGUUAAAUCUUCUGACGAAGACAUUGUAAAACGAGGUAGUCGAAGAGGCGGACGACGUGGUGGUCGCAGAUCGAGAUCGAGAAGAGGCGCAAGACGAUCACGAAGAAGUUCGCGACGAUCGCGAAGAAGUUCCCGACGAUCGCGUCGAUCGCGUCGAUCGCGAAGAGGUAUCCGACGAUCUAGAAGAGGUUACCGACGAUCUAGAAAAAGUAUUCGACGAUCAAUAAGGAGAGGUAUACGACGUGUUAGAAGAGCUGUACGCCGGGUAAGACGUCCCAUCCGUAGAACUAUCCGUCGUAUUCGAAGAACUAUCCGUCGAAUAAGAAAGCCAGUCAGAAGAACCAUUCGUCGUAUUAGAAGAACCAUUCGCCGAAUAAGACGACCCAUUCGUCGCUAUGUUCGACGAACUAUUCGUCGCAUAAGAAGACCUGUCCGCCGUUACAUUAGACGUACAAUUCGUCGUAUUAAACCCGUUCGAAGAUAUAUUAGACGAACCAUUCGCCGCAUAAGACCCGUUCGCCGUUACAUUAGACGUACGAUUCGUCGUAUUAAACCCGUUCGAAGAUAUAUUAGACGAACCAUUCGCCGCAUAAGACCCGUUCGCCGUUACAUUAGACGUACGAUUCGUCGUAUUAGACCCGUUCGAAGAUAUAUCAGACGAACAAUUCGUCGCAUAAGAAGACCUGUUCGCCGUUACAUCAGACGUACAAUUCGACGUAUUAGACCCGUUCGAAGAUAUAUCAGACGAACCAUUCGCCGCAUAAGACAACCUAUCCGACGCUACAUUAGACGAACAAUUCGACGUAUUAGACCGAUCCGAAGAUAUAUCAGACGAACUAUUCGACGCUUUCGAGUCGUACGUCGACCUGUUAGAGUUCGUUAUUUAAGGCGUGUAUUGCGACGUUAUAAGAAACCUGUUAAUGUUAGGAAAUCAUGGUGGAACAAAUACAAAGCCAAAAUAGGAAAAACUCUGGAUAGAGUUCAAGUUGGCUUGGAUUUAGCUGGUCUAGCUCCUGGUGUUGGAGCUCUGCCUGAUGGAGCAAACGCAAUCAUUCAUGCUUUGAGAGGAAACAAAAAGGGAGCUUUGACAUCAUUAGGAGCGAUGGUUCCAAUUGCUGGCCAAGGUGUAACAGCUGGUAAAUAUGGACUUAAAGGCUACAAUAAAUACAAAUCUCUAUCAGUAGACAAGCUGAUCAAAAACUCCAAGAUCGACAAGGUUUACCCACGAAACGGCAAAACCAUCAACGAAGGCCACACAACUAUGUCCUUAAAAGAAGCCGUAGCAGCCUUUCGAAAUUCUAUUGAUCCAAGCAAAGGAAUAGGCAAGUACCCAGGUGUGCGUGUUGGUAAAAUGCCAGAUGGAAGGACUGUUACCUUAAGAACAAAAGGUGGACAUGGACCAACUAUCGAAGUAAAAGAAACAAAUAACGUGACGAACAAAAUCAGACUCAACGGAUAAGGAUUAAAAGAAGAAAAGUGUUUUGAAAUCAAAAUUUAAUUUUUUAAUCCAAGUUUUUUUUAGUCUUAGUUGGAAAUAAAACAUUUCUUGUGCAAUUGAAAAAUGAAACAAUAGUCCCUUGUAUCUUUUACUAGUUUAUGAUAAAAAAUGAAAAAUACAAUUUUGAAAACACAUAGUCUCAA